AUGAGGAGCAGCGGUGAUCUGGCGAAUUCCGCCGAACGGAAAUUGGAUGAUGAAAAAAAAAGGUGCGAUUGGAGGUUUACCGACAACACUCCAUUAAUUGCCGCUUGCCUGCUAACAGGUGCUGUUGUACUGGGGGUGCACUACAUUUCAAUUUGCAAGGACCGCACAGAUAUCUCGUUGCCAACCCUCAUGGAAUCGAUAGAAUCUAAGUGUCGUUCUUUGGGAGACGCCUUCAAUGCGUCGGCACCUGAGUCUGUGCUUCACCCUGUACCCACACAGAUUGGUGUUGCCAUCUGGGUGGCGCGCGAGGAGUGGUCGUUGCCCGUUCACGACACCCUUGAUCGCAUCGAAAAGGUGGUGUCUGGUGCGGGCAAUCGGAAGCAACAGUUCAUACAGCGCAUUGUAAGGGUUUCGCAGUUGGGUUCCGAUGGGAACCUGGAGAAAAGCAGUAGUAGCAGCACGAAGUGGAGUGGGAGCGGUAAGGUGAGUCAAGAUCCGUUGGCAAAUGCCGCUAUCAAGCAACAGCUCGGACUCUCCGUCGCUAAGCAUGCAUACGCCGUUAGCUUGAAAGAAGAACUCUUAAUGCACACGAUCAGCUUUUUCGCUGCGCCCCCGUCUGCGGCCAAGUCUGUUCGCUGCUUUCUCUUCGAUGACAAGCGCGCGUACUGCACCGUUCCCACUGAAAUGGGGAUGGAGACCACGAAGCGUGAAGUGGAGGCUGCGGUGGCGACACUUCUAGCAGACUGGUUAGAGAUUGAAAACUUCCGUGACGCCAAUGCAACCCAACGAUGGGCGAUGAUGCGUAAAGUUCGUGGUUGCCAUUACGCCCUUCGUGCACUCAGGCAGCUGAAGAUGUCGGUGGAUGCUCACCCCGAAAUGCCCGUGCCAGAGGGUGUUAGGGGAGCUGUCGAUCGUCUUGAAAAACUUGUCCAUGAAAGUGACUUCACCAAACUUGCGCGAGCUGCGGCCGACCUGCAGUUUCAUCAACUACUGUUGCCACAGAUUUACAUUCCAUGGGAUCAAGCUGUGGUAAACCACCUCUCCAUUUUGAUGCCUGUCUAUGGUGUAAUAACUCUCGCCGUGCGCUUGAUCAAGGAGAACCGAAAGAGAGCGCAGGUUGUUCAAAACUCGUAG